UGGGUUCAAGCAUCGUCACCUCUCUGCUUUUAAAAGCGGACGCUCUGCUUCCCGGCCAUCUCGUCUUCCCUUCCACGUACGUCUCUCCCCUGCUCCAUUUCAUUACUUAAACCCCUUCCGAUCUCUCUCUCCCUCGGCCCUGUUUUUUUGUUUGUUUGUUUGGUCUUCUUUUCUCUAAUGGAGAUGAAAUCUCGCGAGCUUUUCAACUCCAUGUCUCGGAACCAGAGCCAAUAUCCAAGCUUUUUCUCGCCAGAGACCGGCGUCUAUACUAGCAAGCACCCCCCAAGAGACCUUCCCGAGAACCCAUUCCAGGACUUGGUGUCCUUCCUCUUCUCCCAUGGCCACCAAGGUGUCACAGCCUUGGUCGACUCCGUGUCCGGGUUUUCGAUAUCGUAUCGCAAGCUUCGCGACAUGGUCGAGUCCAUGGCCUCUGGCCUCGACCACAUCGGCAUCUCCAGUGGCCAUGUGGUUCUGAUCCUGUUGCCCAAUACCAUUCUCUUCCCCGUUAUAUUGCUGGGCGUCAUGUCCGUCGGCGCCAUUGUUACUACGAUGAAUCCUCUGAGCAAGCCCGGAGAGAUUAAGAAGCAGACGAGCAUUUCCAAGGUGGGAUUGGUCUUCACUUUCUCCGAGAACGUGGGGAAAUUUGAUGGAUUGGGUGUUCGGGUGGUCACAGUCCCCGAAAGAUUGGAUUUUGAUGCCGCACAAUUCUCCGGCUUCAGUCAGCUUCUUUCGAGGGAUCCGAAGCAAGCACCGAAGCCUCUAAUUCGGCAGACCGACGCCGCCGCGAUACUGUUUUCUUCCGGCACUUCUGGACUCAGCAAAGGAGUCGUCAUCACCCAUGCCAAUUUCAUCGCAAUGGUGGAGCUCUUUGUCCGGUUCGAGGCUUCGCAGUAUCAUACCGAGAGCUGGAAGAAUGUCUACCUUGCGGCCGUACCUAUGUUUCAUGUCUACGGUCUGUCCCUCUUCACAAUGGGGCUCCUUUCCUUGGGUUCCACAGUUGUGGUUAUGAGGAGGUUCACCGCAGAGGAGGCACUUAGAGUUAUUGAUGGAUACAAGGUCACUCACUUCCCCGUGGUCCCGCCAAUGUUGGCCGCCCUUCUCAAGAGAGUUAAAGAUUCCAGUGGCUGUGAUUUGCGGUCUUUGACGCAGGUCUCUUGUGGGGCAGCUCCUCUUAGUGAAAAGUUGAUACAGGACUUCCUUGAAGUCUUUCCUCAUGUUGAUCUCAUUCAGGGCUAUGGGAUGACUGAGUCUACUGCAGUAGCAACUCGUGGUUUCAAUACGGCAGACUGCAAACAGUAUACUUCGGUGGGACUCUUAGCUCCAAACAUGGAAGCCAAAAUAAUUGAUUUGAAAACUGGAUCUGCUUUGCCUUCAGGCAUCAUGGGCGAGCUUUGGCUACGUGGACCGGCUAUCAUGAAAGGAUACUUAAAUGGUGAGGAAGCUGCAUCAUCAACAAUUGCUGACGGUGGUUGGUUAAGGACAGGCGAUAUUGCACAUUUUGAUCAAGAUGGGUACUUGUAUGUUUUGGACCGCUUGAAAGAUACAAUCAAGUACAAGGGAUAUCAGAUAGCUCCAGCUGACUUAGAGGCCCUACUGAUUCACCACCCUGAGAUUCUUGAUGUUGCAGUGACAUUUGCUGCAGAUGAAGAGGCUGGGGAGAUACCGGUUGCAUUCGUGGUUAGGAGGCCUGGAAGUGUGCUUUCUUCUUCAGAAGUAAUUGAAUACAUAUCUCAGCUGGUAGCUCCAUGCAAGAAGGUGAGGAAGGUGGUAUUUGUGAACUCAAUUCCCAAGUCAGCAGCAGGAAAGGUAUUGAGAAGGCUUCUGAGGGACAACCAUGGGGCUUCCAAGCUGUAACGCUAGCACCAAGCCUAGCUUCUAGCUACAGUAACUUUUUAUUACAGCUAUAAUUUUUAUGGUAGAUGGUCUUCUCGGGGAAAAUAAAGGUCAUACACAAUUGCCUUUAUGAACUUGUUUCUUACAUUGUAACCCCCGGGGUUUGACAAUGUUAUUACCAAACUCCUGCAAAUAAUGUUACCGGUCCCAAUCAUUUAGGAGAUGGCUACAAUAAUAAAUAUCGCCUGAAACAAUACGAGAGGCAUCAUUUGCUGUGGAAAAA